AUGGUAAUAAUGAUAUUAAUAACAUCUGAUAAACGAAUGUUGUUUUGGAUGAAGGUUCAACGAAAGUUCAUCGUAUGUGAUGAAAGAAAAACAAGUUCAGAAACUGCAUGUGUAAAUAUUGAUAACCUAACACUUCUUCAAAUUUUUUUUUUCUGUAUUUAACAUCUCCUUGUUUAAUACUACUUGUUUUUCAUUUUACAUAGUCAGUGUUUGUAUUUCGAAUGUACAUUAAAGAUAUUUAUAAGUUCGUUUUUUUUUCAUUCAAAAAUCUCUUACUUUCAUAUUUUUAUUUUAAUUCAAGAAAUGUUCUUAUGUUAAAGUGUGUAUAUAAGUAUAUGUCAUUGAAACUUAUUCGAACAGAUAAAAUAAAUAAAUAAAAUAUAACAAUAUAAUAAAAGUUAUUUUCUCUAUUUUAUACGUAAAUGAUUUUUCUGAGUAAAAAUUAAAAAUUGACGGAAACAAUCUAGACGGAUAACAUAAAAUCGUU